GGACAAUGUACAAUCCAACAGUUUCAACAUGCAGUUCCUCCUCGUUAUUGCUCUUGUGCUAAACACAGCCUUUGCUGAUUUUCGCAUUUACAACCCCCAUUAUCAAGAACAAGACGGCCCUUAUCAACCCACAGGUUGGAGACCUUCAGGACCUCCCUUAUCUCUACCACUUCGUCAGCAAUUGCCCAGACAAGAAUAUGGUCCUCCACCGCAAACUUACAGCACUCCAGCGAAAGAGUAUGGACCGCCAGGAGCAACAACCGAAGAGCCUCAAGAGACUACUACGAUAGAAGUGCCCACCACCACGGAGAAUGUCCAAGAACAACUCAAUAAUUCAAAGGCACCAGUAAAAGGGAAUGAAAAAUUGACCGAGGACAGUUCGGCGGUUACUCAACAAGGGAUUUAUUACAUCUAUCAUCCGAAUGGGUUGUUACAAAGAGUUAUUUAUAUGACGAAGGAUGAUGCUGGGAAUAUGGUUUAUAGUGCUCAGCUUAAGUAUGAAAAUGUUGACCCGAUUCGAGAGCCCAUCUAUACCUACGAUCCCAAGACUUUUGUUCUGAAGCAAUUACAAGUUUAGAAAUAUUGUUUCAGUGUCAUAUUAAUUUAUUGCUAUUUAUUUAUUUAAAAAUAAAAAAAAAAUUGUACUCGUA